AUGGACAGUCUCACUUGCCAUGUCAUCUACGUCAAUCGCACCGUUGGGGAGGCCCGGCUGCUGCGCGCCAUACCAGACGAUCCCGCGGCCUUGCCGACAGGCGCUACCCCCGAUUGGCACCGCGAUCGCGUUCGAGAACUCGUCCAGCCGCUGCUCGACGCCUUUGGCGACGUCCACGUCUGUGCCACCGGCGCCGCCUGCAUGGAGAAGCUGAUGCAGCUUCACGAGGCCGGGUCCAUGAUGGACAUGACGCCAACCAUGGUCCUCUUGGACACGCCCCAUGAUGAAUGGAUACCCGACCCCCUGCCGAAUGCCUCCUCUGCCGACCCCGACCUCGUCAACCGCGACUCCGAGAUCCACACCCCCGACGAGAACCUCUACGGCCUGUCGCUGCUCCAGAGGCUCAUCACCGAGGCGCACCUGCGCAGCAUCUCCAAGCUCGUCGUCCCCAUCCCCAUCAUCAGCUAUCCCGACACGCGCGAACAAAUGGCCGACGGCGCGACCGAGCCCUCGUCCAACACUGCCGCUUCACAACCCGUCAGUCGCAAGCUCAUAAGGAGGUGCUUGGACCUUGGCGCCGUCGACGUGAUCAUCAGCCCCCUGGGCCCCAAGUGCAUCGCGACGCUUGAGAUAUGCGCUUAUAAGGCCCAUAGGGACGCCGCUCGGGACCAGCAGGCCAUGAUGGAGAUUACAAAGGGCCGGAAGCGAUCCUGGGUCGGCGUCAACGAGCAGAAGCCCUACGCCUACCUCCGCGAGGCCAUGGUCUCGGGCCUCAUGAACGGCAUCUGCCGCCUGUCUCCCGAGGAGGACCAGAUCGCCGGCGCGCACAUUGCCGUUUCCUCUGAGCGCCAAGCCAUCAUUGCCGAGGCCGUCGGCCGCUGGCACUUUGAUGCCCACGAGUUCUCCGACGACGAGCUGCUGGUGGCUGCGUUGCAAAUGUUCAAGCAUGCCCUGACUUCGCCAGACCUCGCGAGGUGGCGGAUACCAACAGACCAGCUCAUUAGCUUCCUUGUCGCAUGCCGUGCUGCAUACAAUAGCUUUGUGCCCUACCACAACUUCCGUCACGUGGUGGACGUCCUUCAAGCGACGUUCAAUUUCCUCGUCCACAUCGGCUCCGUCCCUCCGUACCCGACAUAUGCGCAACCGAGGCCCAAGGUGCGCAAGUCGCCCAUCGCCUCCAUCGUCACACCCUAUGAGGCAUUGACCCUCCUCGUCACGGCCAUUGGCCACGACGUCGGCCACCCGGGCGUCAACAAUGGCUUCCUCACCACGCUCAACGCCCCGCUAGCGCAGCUGUACAAUGAUCGAUCUGUCCUAGAGUCGUUUCAUUGCGCUGCCUUUACGCAGAUCCUUCGCAGGUAUUGGCCCGCAGUCUUUGAAGAUCGCAAGAUGCGCAGCUUGAUGAUUAGCUCCAUCUUGGCGACGGACAUGGGCCUCCAUUUCGACUACAUGAAGAAGCUCGCGACGCUCAAGCAGAGCUUUGAGGCCGAUGGCAACCCUGCCAAGUGGAACGGGCGCCAGUUGGAAGAUGCCAAAGUUCUCGUGUGCUCGCUCCUCAUCAAGUGCGCAGACAUUAGCAACGUGGCACGCCGCCAUUCAACAGCAUUGAAGUGGAUGCAUAUGCUAUCGGAGGAGUUUUCGAGACAAGCCACGAUGGAAGACGAACUCGAAAUCAAGUCGUCCCUGAUGGCACCCCCGAAGAAGGACAUUCUUUCCCUGGCAAACGCCCAGCUUGGCUUCAUGAACAUGUUCGCCAUACCGCUUUUCCAAGGCGUGGCUGAAAUAAUGCCAGCCAUGGAAUACGCCGUCAAGGAGCUUCACAUCAACCAGAAAUUCUUCGAAAGCAAGGUGCAGGAGGAACAGGCCAAGGAACCGGAACCGGCCGGCCCGACCGAACAGCACCGGCGAACGAGGAGCUUCCCAGCCGAAAACGAUGGCGAACUGAAGCUCGAGAUCUCACCAGCACCGAGUCCGUCCACGGCCAAGUCCGGCCACGAUCCCCACACCCCCGUCGAGCACCCCGGCGUCGACGGCAUGGCCUUUGACGCUGUCAGGGACGCGGCAGAUGGCGAUCCGUUUACCUGCCACCGACCGGACGACGCGAUGGAGGGCAAGUUGGCCCCGUCAAAAUUCCGGACGAGCGAGACGACCGAAGGCAGCUUAUCCGCUGGCUUCCCCGCCGACUGGGCUUCGCAGGCUGCGAGCGUGGCCACGGGCAAGAUGACGCUCUCACCCAGCACGCAAGGCACCAGCAUUGUCAGCAAUGAGUCUGGAGAGCGGACUCUCAGCGUGCCGGCAUACAACAUGUCGCCUCUCAGCCUUAAGGGGUCGCCGACAUCGCCGCGCCGAGAACGGGAGCGCGAACGAGAGCGAGAUAUGUCGCAUGGAGACGACGAGUCAUCACCGUUUGGCGGUAGCAUUGGCCGAGCCGAAGGCAAGGCCCUUAAGAAACGGCCCAGCAGAUUCCGAAUGAAGGACUUUCCCUUCUUUAAGAGAAGCAAGGGAUCAAGUCCCCCAUUCCCGACUGCUGAUACCUCGGGCUGA